AUAGAAAACAACCAGUGUCUUUUCUUCAGUCAAUUCACUAUGAAUGGAUAUCAAUACCUUUAUUUGACCCUUUCCCUUUACCUAUUAUUCUUUUCAUUCGAGAUAGUUGCUACUGAUUCAGAGCCUAUGACUUCAAGCAUGGAGGAAUGCAAGAAAACCAGCAUGAGUUUUGAAGAAGUGUGGCCUUUGCUCCAGAUAGCAGUGAACAAACUCAUUAACCAAAUAGAAGGGGUAGACAACUCAAGUUUCACUUCUCAGGAAUACAUGUCCUAUUAUACAACUGUUUAUGAAUUUUGCACUGACCGAUUGGGUGAUGAAAAUUCCAAGCUAUUGUAUGCCCAAUAUAAGAAGGUCUUUGAAGAAUAUAUUAAUUCCAUGGUUCUGCCAUCUUUGCGAGGAAAGAAAAAUGAAAUUUUGCUGAGAGAACUACUAAGAAGAUGGUCAAAUCACAAAAUCAUGACCCGCUGGCUCUUACGGUUCUUUCAUUUUCUUGAAAGAUACCACAUCCCUAGAUGGAAGCUCCCUUCUCUGGAAGAAAUUAGUUUUUUAACCUUCCAUGACUUGGUAUAUGAUGAGAUGAAUAAUCAAGUAGUAGUCUCUAUCCUAUAUAUGAUUGAUCAGGAACGUGCAGGAGAGCAGAUUGAUCGAACAUUGGUUAAUAAUGUGUUGGCUAUCUACUCAGAGAUGGGAAAUAUCCCAAGGGAAAACAAUACAGAACACUUUGCAGUAAGAAUGACUAAAGAUAAUGCAGCACUUUAUGAGGAAGCCUCAAAUUGGAUUGCAAGUUCUUCCUUUAAGAAUGACACACCAAAGGAAGAGAAAUUGAAUGACAAUCCUAUUCCUUCAUCAAAGAAAAUCAACUUGAUAAGCUCUAAUGGAGACGUGUUUGAAGUUGACUAUGCGUUGGCACUUAUGUCAAAAACAAUCAAGGAUGUUAUUGAAACCCAUCCUACUGAUGAUACUGAUAGCAUUAGCAUUCCUGUUUCAAGAGUUAGUAGCAAAAUGUUGGCCAUGGUAAUUGAAUACUGCAAAAAGCACACGGAAGUUUCCAAUUCCAAUUAUGAUGAACACAUAUCAAAUAUUGAUAUCAAUGAUUGGGAUGCUGAAUUCCUAGAUGUUAACCAUCAGGCUAUAUUUGAUCUUAUUUUGGCUUCGAACUAUUUUAACAUUAAGAGCUUGCUGGAUCUCACAACCAAUAAAAUUGGAGACAUAAUGAAGUGCAAAACUGCAGAGGAAAUUCGCAAUAUCUUUAACAUUAAGCAUGAUUUUACCCCAGAGGAACAUGACAUAUAAUAUAUUUCAAGCUAGUUCAUUUCAUGUUUAGAUUAUCCUUUCAACUUUUUUGUCACUUUAUUUGUUGGAUGGGUGUUUUUUAAUUAUCAAUGUCUAUAGUAUGUAUUAAUUGUUAUUGUUUCUUUU